GAGAAGUUGAAUAGCGCAGAAGAAUAUGAAAUUAUGAAAAAGUAUGCCACGAAUGCAAAAUUGAUUACUUUCGCAUAUUUGAUAUAUGUUUUUUCUUGUUGCGGGGGAUAUACAUUAUUUUCCAUUAUUCCAAAAUUAUUGAACAUCGUGUUACCCCUCAACGAAUCCCGGCCUGUAAAUUUGCCCUACCAGGCUUAUUACUUCGUGGACAAAGAUAAAUAUUAUUUCUACAUUAUAUUUUAUGUUUGUGUGUUCGCGUCUGUAGCUACUAUGAUGGUAAUCGCGCACGAUUGCAUUUUUUUUAUUUACAUUGAACAUGUCUGCAGUCUCUUUGCUGUGACUGGAUUUCAUCUUGAAACUUUAUCAUUUAAUAACCAUAAUGAUACGAAUAAUCAUCUAGAUGAUCGGAAGAUCUACAAUCGGAAAAUCGCUAUUUCUAUUCAUGCACACUGGCGAGCUUUACGAUUCGCGGAUAUUCUUGAUGACAUCUUUUGUACUGCUUUCGCAAUACAAAUGUCGAUAGUUACUGUAACAUUGAGUAUUACUCUGCUACAAAUUGCCUUAUUAUAUGGCGAAAUUAAUGAAACGUUGAAAUACCUGGCGUUUAUCUUCGCUCAGGUGAUACACACGUUCUGCUUCAGUAUACAAGGACAGAGAUUGAUUGACCACAGCUCACAAUUAAGCAAUAAAAUAUAUAAUUCUUCUUGGUAUGAAGUUCCUACAGAAUCACGAAGGCUGCUUCUGUUCAUGAUGCGAAGGAGCGUGCAACCCUGUUUUUUGAGCGCUGGCAAGAUUUAUGUCUUCUCUCUUAAGAGCUUUUCCACAGUAAAUGUUAUUUACGAAAUUUAUGUUUUUACGAAAUUUAUGUUACUAUAUGCUCCUAUGAAGUUUCUUCUAAGAAUACUGGCACUUAUUUUAAAGGUUAUGCAGUCUUCAGUGUCGUAUUUUACUGUACUUGCAUCCUUCCAAUAA